AUUCUGAAGAAUUCAAAUCAAGAAUAAUGUCGUCGGAUACCGGCGCAACCGCGCCGACGGUCUCGGAGAAGACACUCGCUCGGCGUCGAUACUAUCGAGACAAGCAGCGUGAGUAUCGCCGCAAGUUGAAUACUGAAGGGGCAGCAAUGGAAGCGGAGAUCGUACACCUUCGGUCGAUCCGUGAUAGUCUUCGAGCCAUGGGUGAGUCGCCAGUGCGUGAAGCAAGCGAUGGUCCGUUGUCGUGGUGUACCAUUGCCAAGGUGUUCAAAAGAGAAGCCCAUCGUGUCUUGACGGAUCGCCAGGCACUGGUCACUCAAACACAAGAGUACCGAACCCUCAUGCAGGCCAUGCAAUGCUUUGUCGUGAUGAACAUUCCGCUACCCAUGUCCCGCAGCAAUGCAUGGUACUGUGCGACAUUGGCGGCCGAGCCGAGAGCUCGAACCCUCGGCAAGGAGUGGCUCACGCAGCAAUUGUACCACAACAUGCACAGGCCUUUCGCGUCGUUUCCUGCCGUGAACUAUGACGACGAGUUUUGCCAUAUCGACGUCCAAACGUGGGACGACGAUGACCCGGCGUUCAUGUACAUGGAAAGGUUGCAGUACUCGUUGCCAGGCACGUUGCACAUGUUUCGACGACUGAUCGAGUCCAACAUGCAGGCAGUGAUGUUCCAUCCAUCCAUCGAAAUGGUGGUGGAAGAGAGCACGGCCAACACGCGGUUGUUUCACUCGGCCACUGCCAAUGGCGCGUUCGUGAACUCGCUCCAAGGACACUUCAUGGAAGCUGAUCGGUUCGUCAUGGUCAUGCGCCAAGUUGAACACGAUGAAGUCCACGUGUGCCCCCCCCCGCUCAAGCAGCGGUGCUUCAGGUCGUGGACCGAGGUGCGGCAGGUAUCGCCAUCGCACAUCUUAGUACGUGUCGUGAGUCACUUGUCGCACUUACAUCAACCUGCCACCGGGUUUGUGAGUGUGGACGACUUCGCGGCGAUGACGGGCAUCGACAUGAUGGACGUUAACGAGAAGGACGCGUACGUCCGGCGCGAAAUGAUCCGACGGGGGCAUGCGGAGUUCUUGCCUUGGCGGCAACGUUUCAUGGACAUGAUGCACCACCAGACCACGAUAAACUAAUUAGAGGUGUUUAUCAAGUCAAUAUUUUGA